UUGCUUACUGGGCGAAGCGAAGAGCCUUUUUGCAUGGGUGUUCCGUGUGACCGUUGCAGGUAUGUUCAGCAAUCCCUCAUAUAUAUAUAUAUACUUUUUUGGACUGUUUGUAGCUGAUUCAUACUGUCUGGAUAUCAGUGAGUCCCUGAUUUACACCUAGCUUUUAAUAGGUCAAGGAAAUACUGCUGGCUCCACACUUUUAACGUGGUUCCUUCCUCUCGCCAGAAACAGCAUCCUUAUUUCACUGCCUACAGACUUAGCAAGUUGUUGCUAUUUUAAGACAACCGGAACAUUUAAGUCAUGGAUACAUAAAAUAAUAGACAGCAAACACGAACCCUAUAACUGAGUAAGAGAUACUGUGAUAAGAUCAGUCUAACCUCGGAGCUCAGAGAGUAAGGAACGAUACUGUAAGCACCAAUUGGAGAGGGUGUCAUUAUGGCUCCAGUUCUAUACCGUUUCCUUGGACCUCUUCUACUUUUAGUUGUGCAAUCAAGAUGCCAACAUAAUAAUGUCACAGAAACAGUGCCAGAUAUAUGCAAUGUAUCUCGAUGCAAACAUGGCGGAACAUGCAUUAGUUAUGGUGAUAUGUACAUGUGUAAAUGCCCCCCUGGUUAUGAUGGUGUCAUGUGUGAGAAAGAUAUUGAUCCUUGCUUACCGAAUCCAUGUAAACAUUCCGGCGAAUGUAUAUUAAGCAAAGACGACUCAUUUGUCUGUAAAUGUAAAGCUGGGUAUAGUGGAAGCACGUGCGAUAUGUCUCCAUGCGACAAGCAGUGUUCGAUGGUAUAUUCACCGGUGUGUGGAUCAGAUAUGUACACCUAUAUAUCUGAAUGCCAGUUACAAAGAACUGUAUGCAACAAGCCGUGGUUAAAAGUCAUUGACAACAAUCCCUGCAAAUCUGUCGGUUGUAAGACAUUAUGUGCACCGACAGAGAAACCCGUAUGUGGUACAAAUUGCAUCACGUACGAGAAUGAAUGCGAACUUGAUAACGACAGAAGGUGCGCCGCACAGCAAUUUCCACAGCUUACAAAGUCAUACAACGGCGAUUGCAGAGCAUUUAGUUGUGAAAUACGCCGACCGUACAAAUGCAGCAAGUGUUUGCUACUAACUGGACGAGUAUGUGGCUCAGACGGAAAACGCUACAAAAGCGAAUGUCAUCUGCUGCUCAAGGCCUGCACGAAGCCAGAUUUGAAGUUAGUUAAGUGUCCGCGACGUAAACCUAAAGGAAAUUGUACCAUUCCAAUUGAUCUUGCAAAUGCAGAGGUUGCCGAUUGGUACCCUGGUGAUGUUGUUCCACAAGGUACCAGACUUGUAUUUUCUUGCAAGAAGGGGUAUGCGAUGAAAGGUAAUGCCAAAGUUAAAUGCAAGGGCAAACCAAUCGUACCGCCAAAGUGUUAUGCUAAUUGUAACGAAAUAACAGUUUUUGACAACGGUGGUUUUAGGGGAUCGUCUACUCAUGGAAAAGAGUAUACUUUCUGGUGCGAUGUUGGAUACAGCCUUAUUGGUAAAUCAUCAAUUAAGUGUUCUAAUGGAGAUUAUUCGUCAUCGAUUCCAGAUUGCAGAGCUAACUGUCAACCAGUCACUUCAUUCUUAAAUGGUCGUUACACUGGUAAUUCUGAACAUGGGCUCGGUUAUUCGUUUUCUUGCGAUAAAGGUUACAGUUUAAUCGGUGAUGGAAAUGUGAAUUGUCGCGAUGGUAAAUACUCUUCUCCAAUCCCAGAAUGUAAAGCUGACUGUCUUGACCUGAAAACCUUAGCGAAUGGUCGCAUCAUACCAGCCAUUACUCAUGGUGAAGAAGCCUUAUUCAUCUGUUAUAAGGGUUACACGCUCGUUGGCGUGAAUAAAACUCGCUGUAUAGAUGGGUCAUAUACAGAUAAAAUACCAACAUGUGCAGAAAAUUGUGCCGAGGCAGUGGUACCACUGAACGGCUUAGCUGUAGGUGAUUCAUAUCAUGGUGCAAAGGUAACGUUUACAUGUCAGCCGGGAUUUACGUUGGAUGGUGUUAAUUCAACAACAUGUAUUAACGGCAGAUAUGAACAUGAAUCUCCUCGCUGUCGUUUAAAAGAAUUAGCUCUAUGUGAUGAUAAGAUAGAAGUUGUUGGUGGUACUUAUUCUGGUUCAGUUAAUCACGGCCAAACGAUACACAUCCAAUGUAACACUGGUUAUACUUUGGAAGGUGACGGUAUAGUGGCAUGUAAUAUGAAUGGGAGGCUCAACUCAAGUUUAGAAGUUUGUAAAGCUAAAUGCCAACGUCCCAAUCUUGCCAAUGGGUACGUAUCGGGAGAUCCCGUCCACGGUGAACAAAUAACAUACACAUGCAUCGAAGGAUUCACAAUGCAAGGCUCUAGUACAACAACAUGCAACGACGGGAACUACGAAGACCGAUCUCCUGUAUGUCAAGCUAAAUGCCAACUUCCAAACCUUGCCAAUGGUGACGUAUCUGGAGGUGACGUAUCUGGAGAUUCCGUCCACGGUGGACAAAUAACAUACACAUGCAACGAAGGAUUCACACUAGAGGGUUCUAAUACAACAACGUGCAACGACGGGAACUAUCAGGACCCACCCCCUCUAUGUCGAGCAAAAUGUGAUAGUUCAACCGUAAUACCUUUCGGAAAUUACACUGGAUCUCUCAUUCAUGGAACAUCGAUUCAAGUGACGUGUCAUCUUGGUUAUAAACUUGUGGGUGAUGGCGAGAUAAUGUGUAAGGAUGGCCAGUUUACUUCCAACCUGAAUGUCUGUAAAGCUUCCUGUUCUCCUCCAUUUUCUUUCACCAAUGGCGAAAUGACUGGGGAUUUUUCACAUGGCGGACACAUUGUAUUUGGCUGUGACCCUGGCUAUAAGCUUGACGGAGCGUCGUCAACAACGUGUGUAGAUGGAAGCUUACAAGACCCUGUUCCUACCUGUCUUGCGUUGUGUACUCCCGAUAGCCCUGCGAACGGGACCGUGACAGGAGACUUCACACAUGGGGGACAAGUACAAUUCAGCUGUUUUACAGGUUUUGCUCUCGAUGGUGUUAAUAUGACAACAUGUGACAAUGGAAACCUCAAAGACCCGGUCCCAUUUUGUCGAGCAAAAUGCCCAGAACUUUCUGCACCGGAGAAUGGAAUCCUUGAGACUUUUGAUAAUAUCCACGAUGGUAUUACAACAUUCAAAUGCUUAGACGGUUUUACAUUAGAUGGUGCUGAAACAUUGAAAUGCAUCGGCGGACAUUAUGAUAACAAACAGCCUACGUGUGCUAGCGGAUGCACACCACCGAAUCCUCCCGUUAACGGAUACAUCACUCCUGGCAGCAGCUACGGGCAUGGUGAUACGGUAUUUUUCAAGUGUGAUAGGGAUUACAGCUUAGUUGGUGCUAAAAAGGACACGUGUAAAGACGGCCAAUAUAAAUAUGAUGCCCCGAUUUGUAAAAAGAAAUGCCCACGCCAAAAGGAAUUCCCUAAAGGUGAAAUUAAUUCAAACCGCGGGCAUCUUGGCGUCACAACAUUUAAGUGUUACGAGGGCUUCACGUUGGUAGGUGUCAACGAGACAAAAUGUUUUAACGGAGAAUACCAGGAUGAAACUCCUAUAUGCCACGAAAAUUGCAAGCCACCAGACGACAUCGAACAUGGGUCGUAUUCCGGCGAACUUACACACGGAGGUGUUAUAACAUAUUCCUGUUCUAUAGGCCGUUCAGUUAUUGGUAACUCACAACGUAACUGUUCUGAUGGAAUUUUAAGUGGCACUGAUCCAGAAUGUCGAAAAAUGUGCGCAGAAUUUGAUUUUCCGAACGGUGUAGUCACAGGCGAACGGGUGCACAAUGCGUCUCUAACUUUCAGUUGUGACGAAAACUACAUCCUGGAAGGUCAGAGUUCAAUGUUGUGUAUUGAUGGCGUCUACAAUGAUAACAUCCCGCGAUGUGUUGCGCCGAAUCAGAGAUUAAUCUUAAAGCAGGACUCCUGCAAGGAACUGAAAAUGGAGCAUGGUACCGUGACUGGAGAUUUCACUCACAAUUCGAAAGUCCGUUUUACUUGUUUUGAAGGCUAUAAACUUGUUGGUACACCUGAGAUUACCUGUUUAGGUGGUAUAUAUGCUUCUGAAGCACCGACUUGUCUCAAAAAUUGUGAAGAUCCCGGUACUCCCAUAGACGGUUCCAAAACUUUUGCUAACUUUGACCAUGGAGAAAAAGUAACAUUUGAAUGCAUCGCUGACUUCACAUUGGUUGGAAAUAAAACGAUAGUUUGCAAAGACGGAAGCUGGAGUAACGCAAUACCAAGUUGUUCACCUUGCUCGGACGGUCAAACCUUUUAUAAUGGAACCUGCUUCUCUAAACAUUUUGAGCGUUUAGAGAUCCUCAGUGCCAAGCAAAGUUGUAAACUAAAAGGAGGACAUCUUGCUACAUACACUACCAGAGAAGAACUUAUGAACGUCACGACAAACAUCGGAGGCUACUAUGCAAUUGGUAUCGAGGCAUCUGGAAAUGAUUGGAAACAAGUAACUAGCGAAACCUCAGACUUUGUAAACUGGGCACCUCUCAAUUGCGUGUAUCUAUCACAGACUCGAGGAUACAGAUGGUCCAAUAGCAACCCAUGUACACAGAAGAUGCAGUAUAUAUGUGAAUAUAGCUAUACUCGAUCAAUUCCUUCACCCUGUGUUCUUAACUCGGUAAACUAUAACGGUCAUAGUUAUACAGCGAUGGGAUUUGGUAACAGGAAGACUUGGAGAGAAGCGCGCGACGCUUGCACAGAAGACAACGGUCAACUUAUUGUUAUAGACAACUACCAAGAACAAGAUAGGAUAAAUAGCUUUUUAAAAGAAUGUGGGCCGUAUGAGUCGGAUAGUUUCUGGAUUGGUCUGAUAAGAGAAGAUAGUAAUUCAGAAUGGGGAUGGAUAAAUAACUCUCCGUUAACAUUCAAUUUUUGGCCUGAUUUCCAGUGCGCUUUUCUAUCAGAUGACGAGGAUAGACAUUGGUACACAGCACCGUGCGAAAACGGAGAACUGAUGUACAUAUGUGAGAGAGGGGGUGCUGUUUCUCCAAGAUACUCAAAUCCCUGCGAUUCAAAUCCGUGUCUAAAUGAUGGAACGUGUAUUCCAAAAGUGACUGAAGAUUUCUCUGAUUAUUAUUGCAUUUGCGAGACUGGACGUGAUGGGAGGAAUUGUCAGAAUCGAGAAAACUGUUCUGGAUUUACUUGUGACGAUGGCACCUGUAUACAACGGCUUUUCCGCUGCGAUAGUACUUUUAACUGCCGAGACAAAAGCGACGAAAGGAACUGUGGCCGUGGGGAUUUUGGUUGAUAUAUCCCCGCUAUAAACGCAUUAUAUACACAGACUGAUGAUCCAUUUCUGGACUAUGUACCAUGGUUUGAAUCUGAAAAGUAAAAGUAUAAAAAUGUGUGGUCAUUUCCUCUACUGUACACAGUAAAUAUGAUAUUUAAUGUACCACGUCUGCAUUGUUAAUGUUUGAUUAUUUGUUGUUUAAUUAUUUAUUGCUUUUUUAUUGUACAUUGCGCUGUAUGCAUUUUAGCAUCAAUUUCCAAUUAUGUAACAUAGUAACUUAAACCUACUAAAGAUUGUAGUUAGUAGCGAAUUGAGUUGAUAGCGAGUAUGUUGAAUAUAUAUGUAAAUCGCACAUACUGUGCAAGUUAUCAUUAUUUAAAUUUAUAAAUCUCAAACAGCACAUGUGCACGAUAUGUUAAUUUUUGUAUGUGUGGUACACUUUUUUUAUAUUAAGUAUUUUAUGCAAUACAUAAUGUCUUGCUACACUACAGCAUAUCUCUAUGUUUUGAGAUUUUUUAAAAAGAACAGUAUGGUAAUCAACUUAAUCUAGGCCUGUUCAUGUGCACAUAGGGCCUACACGUUAAGUCCCAAACAAGUGAAUUUAGGUCUAUAGUAGUUGCAUUGUGGGUAAAAAAAUUCUGUACUUAACUUCUUAUUCAGGGUUACUGUACUGUACAUAACUAUAAUAAUAUAUACCAAACUACAUAGAUUCCAGGCGUUUGAUUGGUUAAAGCUAGGCAAUAGUUCCAGCCAUACCCACCCUCCAAUGCCUACAAUCUAUGUGGUGGUAUAUAAAACAAAUAUUUUCUGGAUUUGAAUUGGGUUAUUCCGCGAGACGAAGUCUCAGGACAUAGUACAGCAUCCAGAUUACCCCGGGCUAUAUUUUGGACUAUGCCCUUCAACCCAGUAAAUGUUUGUAUAAUAUUGUAUAGGCCUACAUAAAACAUAAAAUGAAACCGGUAAACGAUUGCUAACAAUUUUUAACUUUAGACAUGACGGAGAUGAAUGGUGUAGAUUUGUAUUAUUUAAAUGGUAUUAAAUAUUUGAGAAACAAUUGUU